UUCGCGAACGUCGUCUAGGUAAAAUCAUCCCGUGUACACCUGCCACGGGAAAACGUAUUUUUUUUUCAUUAUCUCUUUAUCCUUUGCUCGUCGCCGUCGCGAAUAGCGCAAUCCUGGAAGAUGGCACGUCGCAUAGAUUACACCAAGGCGAUCUUCGUACUGUGGUGUGUCCUGAGUACGGCAUUCAGCGUCCCCAGUUACUCGCCGGCGCCCGAAAAGUUGGACGAGCAGUUGUAUACGACACGUCGGAUGGCAAACGUGGUGUUCGAUAUGCCCGGCCCGAAAUCUAAACUACCCUUGUCGGUGGACAAUUUCGAGAUGAAGAGCACCACGACGAUGACCUCGGAAACAACAACCACCCACAGAUCGUUCUCCACGGAACAGCCUCUCUAUCGUUUAGACGGCAGCAAUGGACAAGCUUGUAUUCUUCUACAAGUGGACGCUCUGAUCACGGUGAAAUAUAAAACGACAUUGGGAGAGGAUCAAGAAGCGAGCAUCUACGUUCCUAACGAUGCGACGGUAACUGGUAAUUGCGACAACGAGAACACCGUGACAAUGUCCCUGAAGUGGAAGGCGUUCGUAUUGUCGUGGAGUUUCGCUAAGACACCCGGGGGUGAACGAUGGUACGUCGAAAAAAUCGAGCUGACCUACAAUUCCAGCGAUCGACAUUUCGAACAUAUCGAUCAGCCACACAAGACGAUCCGAUUGAGCACCGGACAGAAGCAUAGUUCCAUGUUGUUCCCGACCCCUGUUGGCAAAUCGUACUCCUGCAGCGGCGAAACCAACAUCCCUUUGACCGAUGGAAAGAAUUAUGCCAGCGUGCUUCUCAGAGACAUGAAGCUACAGCCGUUCAAGUUCAAGAACAAUGAAUUCGCCGUCGAAUUUUCGUGCACGUCGCUGAGUGCACGCGGUGUUCGAGACGAAACAGCACCCGUCGCGGUCGGGUCAACUUUGGCCGCUGCCGUUCUACUCACAAUCACAGGUUACGCUGCCUAUCGUUAUUUUAAGGUGAAGAAGGUCAAGUACGACACGAUGGAAUAAAAAGUGCAAGAAACGCUGCCCAGGACGAUGCCAAAAUCGCGCGACUACGCCAACAAGCCUCGCCGAAAGCCACGCGAACAGCAGCUGAUCGCCAUUCUCAUUGUCAUCACAUUUUCUAUCUUGACCGUCGGGACACGAGCGGUACAAACGUUGAUCGAAAAGCACGAAAGAUUCAUGAACGUUCGUAUCGUCAGUGCAGUGAGGACGCGUUUUUAUUUCUCGACCAAAGGCGACGUGGUCUUUAUUCUUCAAAUUUUUAUCCAUCUUCGACGUAAUACCUAGACACGGCACGCGAAGCGAAAUUCCGUUGAUUCGUAACUAUUUCGGAUGUAAAAAUAUCGAUUAGGGAAGUAACAGAAGGUAAACAAGUGGUGUAUAUUAAACGGUAUACGAUACACUCGGCAGCCACUCGUUACCGCUCGUUGUCGCAAGCUCUGAUGGUUGUAUCGAUAGGUUUUCGAUUCAAUUUUCUCGAACGAGGAAAACGUUCGAACGUUGUCUAGGAAAAGAAGAUUCCACGGGAAAAUAUCGUUUUCUCCCUGGUAAAUCGCAUAUCAAUUAAAACGAUCACGUUUAUCUACGUAAAUAGUUGUAAACGAGACGAUGGCGCGAAAUUUCUCGCAUCUUAAAAUAAUACUCUUUCUUCGCGGUAUCAACUGUAACAUAUCUUUCGCGAAACAUUAUCAUAUCACUUGGAACAUUAACAAUCUCGUUGAUAACGAGUCCUCGGUGUCGAGGAGUAAGAAAGCCCUGUCAGGCAGCUAAAGUUUUACAGAAACGAAUAGUGUAGUCGAUCGAAUAUAAAACGUAUCGCGGCAUUGAUCGCGGUUAUACUUCAAGCUUCGAUAGUCACUCUUCCGUUAUAACUUGUAAAUAGUAUAAAAAGUAUUUUCUUUCUACUUAUGUACACCUUGAACAGAUUCUAAGCUAUUUUAAAGAGUUUGCGACUCAAUUCGUCGUACGACGAACGAUCAUCGUAUCAGUUUCAAGCUUUGUUCCAUCUACUUUUCUUAUAGGAUACAACGAUCGCUAAAUUAAUUUCUAUCUUCCAAUUCUCGAUGUAACAUAUCAUGUAAAUACGUUACAUAUCGUGCGAAUGAUCGACGAAGCUCGCUUCGUAAUACCUUUCUACUAUUCCCAAUUAAAAAAGAAUCUGUUUCCGGAGAGAAAUUUCUGCGUUUGUAUCGUGUCCUGACCUAUGAUCCGUCCAAUGAGACGAGUCAGGAUAUGUUUAGAAAUUCGCGCGCUCGACACAGGGCCGAGAGCUCAGUUGUUUCCGGUUCAUCAAACGUUUCGGUCGAGGUUUGUGUGCUGUGAUUCGAGCCUGUGAAUUUUUACGCAUUUACUGUCUCGUCUCGUUGGAUGGAGUAUAGUCUCGUUUUCUUUGUAUCAGUCCAUUAUAAUUAGAACAAAAGGAACGCUUUUCGCGAGCUUUGUCGAUCGAGCAGAAUUUUCGAUGAUCCUUUAAUAUGUGACGAGCGUGUAUUCAUUAUUAGUCGAUGGAUAGUUCACUUCUAUGAGAUAUAUUAGCCUGUAAACUUGUCUUUAGGGUGGUCGAAUGCAAUUGAAAGCCGACGUCUCCCCAAGGUGGAGUGGUCGAAAUUGGAGCGAGGUGAAGCGACAAGUCGUACGUCUAGGUACGAAGGGAAAGGGACGUUGAUGAACGCAGUUUUAGCUAACGAGUAAUGGAGUACCUAAGUGUAACCUGCACAUCGCAGGAAUAAAUUUACAAUUAGCGAUAUGCGCAUAAUAUGAACCUCUGUCUUCCAAAUGCAUAUUAAAGUUGAAGUUUCGUGUGUAAAUAUAUAUUCCGUGUGUAUACAGGGUGUCCCAGGUCGGGUAGUACAACCGGACCCGAGACAUCCUGUACAUGUGUAUGCACGUGUACGUUUGUAAAUGGUCAUUUACUUGCGUACAUGUACAUAUGCGUACCAUACACAUUAUAAAUACACGUAUAUAUAAAAAGAUAUAUAUAUAUAUACAUAUACACAUAUCUAGAGAUAAAGAGAGAAAGAGCGGGAGAGAGAGAAGGAGAGAGUGAGAAAUGUUAUGAAUAUCGUGUAUCGUAUUUCCGUAAGGAAGUCGACGCGAUCGUGGAGGAUUCUCGAGUUUGCGUCGGCAGAAUAGAAGAAUGUUGUUUCCUUUUUCGCGCGAUACGAGGAAUUCGGAAGGCGCACGCCGCGGAUCGGGGCUCCGUUUAUGUAGGCCGCGAGAUAUCUCGCUAUUUAAAUUGUUCCAGACUCGACAAAGUGUCGCGGACAUGAUCCUAGAUGUAAUUACGAAGAUGUAUUUUUGUGCUAAAAUCAGCCUUAUUAUAGAUAGCAUUAAUGGCUCGUUGAUCGAUGGAAGGUUGUCCGAUGUCUCUUAAUUUUCAAGAUUUUCCGUUGUGCAAGGUGUUACCGUCGGUGUCAGCGAGAAUCGAACGUAGAUGUAACGAAACGAUUCGCGAGGAUGGAGCGAGAGCUGGGGAAAAGUUUCUGAAUCAUAUCGCUUGAUCUGUUUCCGCAAUGUUAAGUCUUGUAACAAGUUAUUGUAACGUGUUGUACGAAAGAUACAAAAGGGUGAAACGCGUAACGCGUGCUCACUGCAAUUAUAUCAUAUCGAUAAAAUAAAGGCUGUUAUACAAG